AUUGUGAGAAUAGGGAAUGAUCGUCGGCACGAACAAGGUGAAUCGAAAAACACCAGAAAGUGGGAAAGCUUAACAGAUUUGAGGCCAAAACAAACCCAUAGCCACCGACUUUAAUUUACACUCAAACCCAAACAUUUCCGAUUUUUAAAACACUGAUUUUUCAUUUUCCCAUUCAAUCCCGCAAAACAUUAAAAUAAAGAUUUAAAGACUUUUCCAGCCCACAAGUAAAAAAGUUAUGGACUCACUAGUGUAUUCUUUUUCCAAUUAAAUACUCCCAUCCCAAAAGUAAUCCCCUACUUAAACACUCACAUCUCCAUGCAAACUCAUCUUCACUUCCCUCACUCACACACACAUCCAAAACAUGGAAAAACCUUCUUUCCCACUCCAAAUCUUAACCAUUUUCUUCUUCAUUCCGGCCGCCUUCGCUUCCGACUCCUUCAUCUACGGCGGGUGCUCGCAGAUCAAAUACGCGGCGGGCUCCCAAUUCGAAGCCAACCUCAACUCCCUCCUCACCUCUCUAGUGAACUCAGCCACCUACUCCGCCUACAACAAGUUCAAGAUCAUGGGCUCGGCCCCACAAGACGUCGUCUACGGCCUCUACCAGUGCCGGGCCGACCUCGCCAUGCCGGACUGCGCCACCUGCGUGGCCCAGGCCGUGUCCCACCUCGGCCCCCUCUGCCCCCAGGCCUGCGGCGCCGCUGUCCAGCUCGACGGCUGCUUCGCCAAGUACGACAACGUCUCGUUCAUCGGGGCUGAGGACAAGGCCGUCGUCGCGAAGAAGUGCGGGCCAUCUGACGGCUUCGACGCCGGCCAGAUGGCCCGCAGAGACGCCAUGCUGGAUGGUUUGAGCCGGGCUGGCGGGCCGUUCCGGGUUGGCGGGUCCGCGGAUGUACAGGGCGUGGCGCAGUGUGUUGGCGACUUGAGCAAUGGGCAGUGCCAGGACUGCCUCACGGAGGCCUUGCGGCAGCUCAAGGCGGAGUGCGGCGGCGCUGUUUUUGGUGACAUGUUUUUGGGAAAGUGCUACGCGAGAUAUUCCACUAAUGGGGCCCACGCUUAUACCCAACCAAAUCAUGAUCAUUCGAUUGCUCAUAGCGACUCGGAGAAGACAUUUGCUAUAGUUCUUGGAUUAUUAGCCGGGGUUGCAUUGCUCAUCAUCUUCCUCACUUUUCUGAGAAGGGUUUCCAAUCGAAACGGUAAAUAAACAAAAAAUAAUACAGUGAGAGAUUUGCUUUUUCGACAGCCCUUUAAUUAGCCUUUCCAUUUUGUUGGUGCAUGGUGGAUAUCAACUUGGCUCUCUCAUACUUUUUUCCCCUCUCCCAAAAGUAAACAACUUUGGUGUCAAAGCUGUUUUAUCAAAUUGAGUACAAACUUAAGGGAGAAGGGAAUGAAGACUAUUCAGACAUAAGAUUCCGUUCCAUUUAACAAAGUUGUGUUGUUUUCUGAUGUUGUUAAAAUAUGUAUUCUUUUGUCCUAAAUAAAGUUGGUUCUUUUAUAUUGGCA